AUGCGUCGCUGGCUGGUAUCACGCACCGGAAGGACUCCAUCUGAGCUGGAGCAGCUCGGAUUGCAGAUAGAAGCAGGAACAACCGAGCUGCUGUCUGAGUCUGCGCGUAAACGGCGUAGGGUCGACCGAAUGCUGGACAGGCUUGAGGCCGAGGGCAGCACGGACUGGGGUGCGAUUCUCGGAGCGAUUGACGAACGAGCUGCUACGCGUGAGGCGGAAUAUCGUCAAGAGCGCGAUACCCAGCGUCGCCUAGAAGAGGAGAGGAGCGAGGAGCGCGAGCAACGCCGCGAAGAACAGCGCGAAGAGCGCGAGAGACUGCGUGAGGAACGCUUUUUAACCCUUAUUACUGCGAUUGCUAAGAAGCAAGAGUAG